GGCAGAGAGGAGACGGUUCACCUACCAGGAUGAUUUACAGCCGCUCACUGCUGCGCUGUACAGGACACUCAGGAUAAAAAUGGCAACAACUUCAGUUUUCACUCUUUUGUAGAAAAAGCGGCUUCUGGAGGAUUUUAUUUCUCCUCACUGUGCGCAGUAAUUAAAGAAAUUGCCAACUAAAAGGCGGCGAAGAAGUUGGACGUCAUUGACUGAGGGUGAGUAGUUGCGACCUCAGAUAAUGGCCUACACCCUCAGCUCGGCCACUGAGGGCCAGACGCGCAGUGUCGGACCUCAGCACUGCAUCACACGGGUGGAGCUGUCGGUCACCGCGGCCAGCCUGCUGGACCGAGAUGUAGCCUCCAAGUCGGACCCGUUCUGUGUUCUCUUCCAUGAAGUGGAUGGAAACUGGGUGGAGCUCAGCCGCACUGAAACAGCUGUGAACAACUUGAACCCAGUGUUUGGAGUGAAGUUUCAGGUGGACUACCACUUUGAGGAGAUUCAGAAGCUUCGCUUUGCCAUGUUCGAUGAAGACAAGUGUGCUACGCAGCUCUACGAACACGACUUCUUGGGAGAGUUCAUUUGCACACUUGGAGUGAUCGUGUCUAAUAAGAAACUUCAUAGACCGUUAAUCUUAGCCAAUGGGAAACCAGCUGGCAAGGGAUCCAUUACGAUAACAGCUCAGGAGCUGUCUGACAACAGAAUCAUCACUUUGACCCUGAGUGGGCGUAAACUGGAUAAGAAGGACUUCUUUGGGAAGUCAGACCCCUAUCUGGAGUUUCACAAACAGGGUGAAGAUGGCAAAUGGAUGCUGGUGCACAGGACAGAGGUCAUAAAGAACACUUUAGACCCAGCGUGGAAACCCUUUACUGUGCCUCUCAUUUCUCUCUGCAAUGGAGAUGUGGAGAGAAACAUCAAGGUCCUGUGUUAUGACUAUGACAAUGAUGGAGGCCACGACUUCAUAGGAGAGUUUCAAACCACAGUUUCCAAGAUGAGUGAAGCCCAGAACUCGGUGGAGGUGGAAUUUGACUGCAUCAACCCCAAGAAACAGAAGAAGAAGAAGAAUUAUAAAAACUCUGGAAUUAUCAUUGUCAAGUCAUGUAAGAUUACAAGAGACUACACUUUUCUGGAUUACAUACUGGGAGGAUGCCAGCUCAUGUUUACCGUUGGUAUAGACUUUACAGCAUCCAAUGGGAACCCUCGAGAACCGUCCUCUCUCCAUUACAUUAACCCGCUGGGCAGCAAUGAGUAUCUCGCUGCCAUUUUAGCUGUGGGACAAAUCAUACAGGACUAUGAUACUGACAAAAUGUUUCCUGCACUGGGAUUUGGAGCCCAACUCCCACCAGACUGGAAGGUGUCACAUGAAUUUGCCAUCAACUUUGACCCCACAAACCCCUUCUGUUCAGGUGUGGAGGGUAUUGCCCAUGCCUACUCUGCCUGUCUGCCUCACAUCCGUUUCUACGGCCCAACGAACUUUGCUCCGAUCAUCAACCAUGUAGCACGGUUUGCUGCCCAGGCCCUUCAACAGGAGAAAGCAGCGGUAUACAAGAAAAGACAUCCACAGCAGUACUUCACUCUCCUCAUUAUAACAGACGGUGUCAUCAGCGAUAUGGACGAGACACGUCAUGCCAUCGUACAGGCAUCUAAGCUACCUAUGUCCAUCAUCAUCAUUGGCGUGGGCAACGCAGACUUUGCAGCCAUGGAGUUCUUAGACGGAGACGCCAGUGUUUUGAGGUCCAACACAGGAGAGGAGGCUGUUCGGGACAUUGUGCAGUUCGUUCCCUUUAGAGAUUUCCGUAAUGCACCCAAGGAGACCCUCGCCAAGUCAGUCCUGGCCGAGCUGCCUCAGCAGGUCACCCAAUACUUUAAACAGCGGAAUCUACCACCCGCCAACACAGCACCGGAGUGAAAUGACCUGAAGACAGUAGCCCACAUGCUGUACAAUAGCCCAACAAAACCUUUCUUCUCUUUUACGGCAGAAAGUGUGUGUAUAUAAACUGUGAACAAAAAAGAGUUGCGAGAGAAAAAAAAUUUGAAGAAAUCCCUGCCAUUAUGUUCGCAAAGUUUUUACUGGUUAAAGAAUGUUAGAUCAAUAUCCAGUGUGAAUCCAUCAGAAGUGAUAUUUUGUGUUUGUUAAAGCUUUCCAGAGCUGUGAUGAUAAUGUUUAUGAGGCUUUGCAUGUCCACAGUGAUGGCAGGUGUCUCCAAAUGAUAUGAAUAUGCAGGUGAAACACUGGUCUGUUUUUAGAGGACUGAAAAAAACCUUGAUUAAUCAAGGUGUAGAUUUUUUUUUUUUUUUGCUUUUUGCAUGUGUGUGUCUUGUGAUUGAUACCAUGUGAUACAUACAACUCUUUGGUGUGCAUCCCCCCCCAAGCCGAAAUAUAUCAGUGGUUGAAUCCCCUUCCCGUUCGUCGUAUGGAUCCUCUUCAGGCAGCAGAUCAGAUGAAGGCUGUUUGCUUUUGUGCUCACGUGUUGCAGACUCACAGACUGAACCUGAACAUGGCACUAUUUCUUCACCCCUGCUCCUUCGCCAGGGGAGGUUUUCAUUUUAAAGUUUGGUCACCAGUCGUCUUCAGAGGCGGGUUUAAUGCUCCACUAUGCUUAUUUGAUUCAAGAGGACGGAAUCAGAUGGAGGACAAGGCUGCAAUGGCAGCUGUAGCACUAACACAGGAUAGAUGUGGGAUACUGUGUGAACUCAUUUGGCAGUACUGCUGUUAAAUAUGGGGCCAUUUUGCUAGCUUUUGCAAAAUUAUUGUAUUUCUUAUGACUUCAGUUCAUCCUGCAUGUUGCCAAUAUCUACUCACUGUUUACAAACUGAUGCUGAUGAUCACAAACGCAUGAUUUAUUUUUUUUCAAAUGAUGUAUUUAUCGAGAUUUUGUAAAUAUUUGAAUGAGUUCUAUUUAAAGAGAAGGAAGUGUUAUAUAAAAAAAAAUAGCAAAGAAAUAUCAGAGAAGGCUGUUACUGCGAGUUUACCCGAGUGGAAGCAGAAGAGGAGUUUCUGAUAUGCAUAUAUAUCGAAUGUAUAUUUAUAUGAUGCUGUUCAUGUUUCUGACAUGUUUUUAAUGUACUUUUUAUGCAGUGCGGAGUUGUGUACUUAUACUACUACGUGUAUUGCUGUGCAUCUUUGUACUAAAUGUGUUGCUAUUCAUUUUAUAAUAUUGUGUCUUUGUCCAUACUCAGGUUAAU